GCAAAACCGAUUGACGCGGAAAACUUAGUUCAUCCUCCGAAUGAGUUCAUUAAUGUAAUCUUCCCGAUUACCGGCAUCACCACCCUCAACAUAAUGGUUCCUCUUCUUCUUCAAUCCACCCAAAGGAGCCUUCAGUUGGAAUGGCCACAGGAAGUUGUUAGCUUCCUUGAAGUGGGGUCCCACAGUCAGAAUCUCAUGAAUAAGAUCCUCCAUGCAGAUAAUGCCAUGCUUGCCCAAAGUCUGUUGCAAAAUAACCAUAUGUUCGUUGCUAUCUUACCCAUAAGUGACAUAAGGCUCAACCCGGUGCAGCAUGUUCACUGUGGCUUUGUUUACUUUCAAGAAGACACCAUUGAAGAUCUAUACGAGUGUCAAUUAGAAACCAAAUUAAUAAAAUACAUGAGAUGA